GAUGGAUUAUUUAACAGGCGCUGAGUCCCAUAUGUCGCCAUCUGCUAAAAGAAGAAAAACACUGCGGAAUAUUCUCUGAGGCGCAUGAUACACGUUUACAAAACAGGCUAAAUAAACACAUUAAACAAAAAUCGAUAACUGGAAAACAUAAACCAAACUUGUGCAACAGGUGUUCAGCAUCCUGCGGGCGUCAAAGGAGCGGAUAACUGAGCGAGCCACAACGUCGGGCAAAACACAGAAAGCAGGUUAGUUUAUCGCUCAGAGAGAAAGAAUAAUGGACUGAGUUGUAUUGCAACAUGUAAAAAGAUAUCGCAUGUUAAAAUGUGUAUGAACGGGAACGGAUAUUUCUUUUGACCAUUUGGCUCUGGGAGGAUGUGGAGCGAUAUCUGAAUUUUCCUACAAAACUAACCGGGUGACUGAGAAGAUCUGAAGCUUUGCAAAUAUAAUGCUGACCCCAUUAGCCAGGUGAAACGAUCGGGCUGAACGCAGGCAACCUAAGGAAAGAGUCGUCCAAUCUGCAGCAGCGAUGGUGGUGGAGGGGGAAAGGACGCUGCUCGCGGCAAGGCAAGGGGACGUGCAGAGUCUGAAAGUGCUAUUAGCGCAAAAAACGCUCACCAGCGACGUCAAGGAUGUGCUGGGGGCUUCACCGGUGCACCAUGCAGCCCGUGCCGGGAAACUAACCUGCCUGCGUUUCCUGGUGGAAGAGGCAGGGCUGCCGGGUAACUGCCUGGCUAACAACGGGGCAAGUCCGGCGCAUGACGCAGCAGCCACCGGCAACCUGGCCUGCUUACAGUGGCUGCUGACACAGGGUGGAUGUCGGUCAGAGGACAGGGACAGUUCUGGUGCCACCGUUCUCCACCUUGCAUCCCGCUUCAGUCACCAUGAAAUCACUGACUGGCUGCUAAAGAGUGGCGAGGUGGACCCCGGGGCCUCCACCGAUAGCGGCGCCAUACCCGUCCACUAUGCUGCUGCCAAGGGAGACCUGCCCUCUCUCCGACUGUUGCUGGGGCACAGCCCAAACGUUGUCAACUCCCAAACUAAGAAUGGUGCCACGCCGCUCUACCUGGCCUGCCAGGAGGGUCAUUUGGAGGUCGUCCAGUACCUGGUCAAGGAUUGUGGGGCGGAUCCGAGCAUCAGAGCCAAUGACGGGAUGACACCUCUGCAUGCUGCUGCCCAGAUGGGCCACAACACCGUCAUCGUCUGGCUGAUGAAUUGCAUAGAAAUCGGCCUGACAGACCGGGACAGUGACGGCGCCACGGCCAUGCACUUUGCAGCCAGUCGUGGCCAUGCAAAGGUGCUAAGCUGGCUGCUGCUGCACGGCGGAGAGAUUGUCACUGACAACUGGGGAGGGAGCCCGCUUCACGACGCUGCAGAGAACGGUGAACUGGAGUGCUGUCAGAUCCUUGUGGUCAAUGGGGUGGACUUGGGCAUCAGGGACCAGGAUGGAUUCACAGCAGCAGACCUGGCUGAAUACAACGGCCACUCCCAGUGUGCCAAGUAUCUGCGCACUGUGGAGAACAUGAGUGUGGAGCACCGUGUUUUGUCUCGGGACCCCUCAAUGGACCUCGAAUACAAGCAGCCGGACUCGGGCCUCUCGUCCCCAAACACCACCAUGCCCCCUGCCAACCAGGCUGCACACUUUGACAUCAGUUCACCAUCGAGCUCCCUGUCCAACUAUGACUCAGCCAACUCCAGCCAGUCCAGCACUGGCGAGAAAAGGAACAGCUUAACAGUGGCACGAGGCCUGCCCGGGCAGCUGAACUCAGUCGCACACACAGGUGCAUCAGAGUCAGCCAUUUCAGACAUGCAGGCAUAUAUGGACUUGCUAAACCCAGACAUUGGCUCUGACAUACCCAAGAAGAAUGAGAUACCUGCUGAUGCAGACUCCAAGCCCCCACCCCCACCGACCUAUCCACCCCCGCCUCCUCCCCAGUCUCCACCAGUGCCCCCUCCACCUCCGAGCUUCCCAGCACCACAGCACCCUCAGGAGCCGACAUCGGCUGAGUUCUUGAAGGUGAAAAGCAAUUUACGACACGUGGACAGCAACACCAGCAAGACAGAGCAACUGACUCCUGGAGAAAACCACAACAAACUGCGGCGUGUGGAUUCAAACAGGAGGUCAAGGAGCUUCAGCAAACAGCCCAGCACUGGGGACUACUACAAGGCCCUGGGCAGCGACACAGCCGAGCCCCGAGGGAGCAAAGCCAUGGCACCCAACGAGGAGGGCUCUGUGUUAUUGGAGGAGCCUACCGACAGCCCCGCCCACAGCUCAGAGAAUGGCAACACAGAAGAAUCAAUUGCGCCCCCACCACCUCCACCUCCGCCUCCUCUUCCCUCAAGCAAUCCGACGCCAACACCCCCUCCGCCUCCUCCAUUGCCCCCGGAGACGCCAACCACGCAGAAUUACUCUGCCAGUAACACCUCCACCAACCAGCGACGCCUAUCUUCCUCAUCAGGAAGUGGGGAUAUGUCUGCCUCUCAAAGAAUUAUGAAGAGCACAAAAUCUUUCAACAUGAUGUCCCCCACCGGUGACAACUCGGAGCUACUGGCAGAGAUCAAAGCAGGAAAGAGCCUCAAGCCAACACCUCAAAGUAAAGGCUACACCACUGUCUUUUCCAGCAGCGGACCCACAGGCAACAAUGAAAACACAGCAUCUCCACCAGAGACCCGCACAUCUAGCCCACCAGCCAAGCCUUCAUCCCCUCCACCAUCCAAUACUUCUGUCACCUCUCCACCCAUUACCCCUAGUCCCAGCCCCAGUCCCACUGGCUCCGGAUCUGCCAGGACCAUGUCAACCUCUUUGAGCUACGAGAAACUGUCCUCCAACUCUGUGAUCAAUGGGAACGGAGCCGGCACGGCAGGAGCAGAAUCAGGGCGGAAGAUGAGCCUUGCAGAUGUGGAGGCACUAGUGCCCACUCAUGAUGAACAGGGAAAAGCGAUCCCUGAAUGGAAGAGGCAGGUGAUGGUGCGAAAACUUCAGGUCAAGAUGCAAGAGGAGGAGGAGCACAAGCGCAAGGUUGAGGAGGAAGCUGCACGCCUGGCAUCGAUGCCGGCCUGGAGGAGAGACAUGAUGAAGAAGAAAAUGGACGAUGAGAGAUGUGACAGGGAACAAAAAAGAAAAGUGGAGCAGCAGGCCAAACAGGCCAAGGAGAUGGAGGAGAAGACAGAGCUGGAGCGACUACGGACCCUGGGCUACGAUGAGACCAAGCUGGCCCCCUGGCAGCGACAGAUCAUUCUGAAGAAAGGGGAUAUAGCCAAACAGUGAAAUGGGCCAUCUCCACAUCCUCUGCCCCGCAGCACUCCCCACCCUCACAUACCUACCCCAAGGCCUUCUCCAAACACCUCCCCAUACCUGAUCCUCCAAUCAGCACUGUACAUUGGACAGCGGGGAAGAGCCUCUCUCCUCUAAACCCUGUCUCACCUUUCAACCUCAAAAACAGGACCAUGCUGUGGUUACUGUUGUCCACACCGGCUUUGAGGCUCAGCUCUGGUGGCGUGACUCGCCACCUCCCAUUGAAAGUCUCAUGGACACAAACUCUUGGUCUUUUAGUGCUAACAAUAGCUGUGACAUGCACUGAUUCUCCUCGCUUAAAACAUUUGCUAUAAAUGCAUAUGUCCUUACUUAAAUUAAGAUUAUCUGUAGUAUCUAUCUACUUGCUUUCCUGCAAAUCAAUAAAAGCUAUUUCACAUAGAAGAUUUACUCAAAGAGAUUUGUGAUAGAUGGAAAAGGGGAUACUGAGCAUUUUUGCCAUGGUGAAAAAGCCUGUUAUUGCAUGUCUAUUAUCCCCUCAUUAGACACACUCACCAUUAUGUAAAGAAUGGAAAAGAAGCUCACAGUUGUAUCAUCUGAAGAUGGCAUGGACAUACUCAGCAAAGGCUUAAUUAACCCUUGAGCAGCUAAUGCAUUCUGUGUGUAGACAAUACCACAUCUUUAUCAUCUUAUAUAUUUAGUCAGGACAGUUUUGUAUCAAGCACAUAGAAGCACUUUCUAAAUGGCUUCAUUUUACUGCCAGAGUUGUAAUCCUAACACUGCUCAAACUGAUCUGUUUCUUUAGAAAAGUGUGUUGUCAUUUCUCUGUGGAUUUGGAAAAUUGAUAUAUAUCAUAUUUUAAAGAAUGUAAAGAUUAUGUAGCUGUGUAAAUUGAAUUUUACUAAUUAUCAAUGGAGACAAAGCUGCAAUGCUCCAAUUAUUUUUUUCUAUAUGUGACCUAAAUGUUAAGCUAUUGUGAUGAUGAAUGUGAAAUGUUGUAUGUGUUGCAUAAUGUGUAUGAGCAGGUUAUGUAUUAUUAGGCACAUUUGACCCCAGGACCCUUAAAUACAAAAAAUUAACAAACACACAUACAUGUGAGUAGAAUCCUGCUAGGUUUCUAUUUUAACAUUGACUAACAGCCCCGUUUUUCUUUUUUUAAAUAAAGACGCCUCAUCUACACACUGAAUAUUGCAAAAGUAGCAAAAAGACAUCAGUUUGUCCUGUGUCUUGUUCCGGCCUUUGUCCCACUAACCUGGAGGAUAAAUCUUUGAUGAGCAGAAAGCUUACAAAAUACAGAGUGCUCUUCGUCUGCCAGAAACAGCCAUGACAUCAAAAAUGUACUGUUCCUUAGAUAAUGCCAGCAAAAUCUGCAGCCGCUAGUGUGAGGAGUCCAGUUUUCAAUACUUAAUACUUCUUUAGGCCAAAGAAAUAAAUAAGAUGAACAAAACUUAUAUAAUGUACUCUAUAGUACUCAUUCAGGCAGAUGCAUACACAACAGAACUGACACAAAUGCCAGGUUGAUAAUCGUACAGCUGAUUUUAUUCAGCUUUUUAUAAAAAGUUACUUUCAGUUCCAGAAUUUCAAUUUCACAAAUGUGUUGGGCAUGGGUUCAUCAAUUUGGGGCUAAAUAUGGAAAUGUGGGAAAGCUGUGUUGAAUGUGUUUGGUAGAACUGAGGAGACACAUUUAAAAUGUUCGCAGAGCAUGAAUCUGUGACAUUUAAGAGCAACUGAACCUCACAAUUAUGCAGGAUGUCUCUACCUGAGCGUGGGACACAAGUAUUCCCACAUGAUGGAAAAUAUUCUCUAUGUUUACUACAUUUAUGUUGAUGAUGUACAUUUUUGCAGAUGUAGGGUAUCAAGCAUACACAGCAUGUCGUCAUGAAAGACAUGGUCCUGGUUGGGGAAUCAUUUGGAAAUAUUCUAAUUAACUUUCAUCAGAUGCCAUAUGAUGUUGAAAUUGAAAAUGAUGUAAACGUCAUUGCCAUUUGAUUUUCGAUAUAUAUUUAAACUCUGUACAUAGUGACCCUCUCCGAUUUUUGUCAUUUCAUUGUUUCCAUUUUGCAUUACAUUACAUGUCUCAGCCUUGCUUGAAUAGAAUGUUGGCUAACUCAUGUAUAACUAUUAAGACUGUUGAAAAUGAAGACAAUAAAUCUUUAAUCACCAAACA